AUGCUCAACCGCUUCAAUGUCACGACCACUGCUCCCACGCCCGCUGUCGUCGACGAUGAUCUAGGGCCGAAGCGAGACGACGAGUCCUCGGUGGACAAGCCCGUGAGGGAAGCGAUCGGAUCAGGCUCGGCGAGGAGCAAGCAUAUCGACGUGCGGUUCCACUUCAUCCGCGAGCUCUUCAAGGCGGGCAAGAUCACCGCAGAUUAUGUCUCGACAGAAGAGCAGCACGCCGAUAUGCUGACCAAGGUCCUUGGUAGGGGCAAGUUGGAGUACCACCGGAAGGCUCUGAUGAACCUGCCGAUGUAG